AUGCCCAAUUCUAUGCAGGCAGGUUUACACCUUCGGUCACGGCCCUCGCUUCUACAGAGUGCAUUCGUCAGUGUCAUUCAAGCUUCACGGUCGCUGGCGACUCAUUCAGAGCCAUAUGACACGGUGGUUAUUGGUGGAGGCUUGAGCGGUAUCCCAUUCUCAGGAGUCGCAGGUUAUGUCGCCGCAAUUAAAGCAGCCCAACUUGGGCUGAAGACCGUCUGUAUUGAGAAGCGGGGGACCCUUGGAGGGACAUGCCUUAAUGUUGGGUGUAUACCUUCCAAGGCGAUGCUCAACAAUUCGCAUAUCUACCAUGCUACUCAACACGACAUGAAGCACCGGGGGAUAGAGGUGUCCAACGUCUCGCUGAAUCUAGAAGAGAUGCUGAAAUACAAAGAUAAGGCUGUCGCUGGUCUUACAAGAGGCGUUGAGGCGCUCUUUAAGGCGAAUAAGGUUGAUUACAUUAAAGGGACCGCUUCGUUCGUUACUCCUACAAAGGUGGCAGUAGAUUUGAAUGAAGGCGGGGAAACAGAGCUCGAAGGCAAGAACAUUAUCAUUGCUACCGGGUCCGAGGUUACGCCAUUCCCUGGUAUUGAGAUCGACGAGAAACAGAUCAUAAGCUCUACCGGCGCUCUCUCGCUUCAGGGGGUUCCCAAGAAGAUGAUUGUCAUUGGUGGUGGUGUUAUUGGUGUCGAGAUGGGAAGUGUUUGGAGUCGCCUCGGCUCUGAAGUUACUGUCGUUGAGUUCGUCGGUGCAAUUGGUGGCGCUGGGAUGGAUGGUGAAGUCGCCAAGGCAUUCCAGAAAAUCCUUACUAAACAAGGGAUGAAAUUCAAGCUAAAUACCAAAGUUAUUGGUGCCGAAAAAGUUGAUGGCGGCGUUCAAGUCAAAGUCGAAGCUGCAAAAGGUGGAAAGGAGGAAACGCUUGAUUGCGACGUUCUUCUCGUCUCUAUUGGCCGCCGUCCUUAUACUAAAGGGUUAAAUCUCGAGAACAUUGGUGUUGAAGUCGACGGGAAGGGCCGGGUUGUGGUCGAUGAUCAGUUUAACACCUCAGUCAAAAACGUUAAAUGCAUCGGAGACGUAACCUUUGGUCCCAUGUUGGCUCACAAGGCCGAAGAGGAAGGCGUUGCCGCUGCCGAGAUUAUUGCCACGGGCCAUGGCCAUGUCAACUACGACGCUAUUCCCUCCGUUGUUUACACACACCCAGAAGUCGCCUGGGUUGGUCAAACGGAGGAAGAUUUGAAAAAUACUGGCAUUCAGUACAAAGUUGGCAAUUUCCCUUUCUCUGCUAACAGCCGUGCCAAGACGAACAGUGAUACCGCGGGCUUUGUGAAAUUCAUGGUAGAAAAAGAGACUGACCGGAUUCUCGGUGUCCAGAUCAUUGGUCCUGGUGCCGGAGAGAUGAUUGCCACAGCAACAUUGGCGAUGGAAUACGGGGCGAGCUCAGAGGAUGUUGCACGCACAUGCCAUGCUCAUCCUACCUUAAGUGAGGCCUUUAAGGAGGCGGCGAUGGCAGCCUCAGGCAGACCCAUUCACAACUUCUGAAACCGAUGGAAGCAUUCAAAUACGAUCCAUUCGCUUGCGGCCAUAUGGCACUUGCUUCACCAUACGAGCUCCAAUGAAAAAUAGAUGUUACAUUAAGAAUCAUAAUUCAAGGGGCAACACCAACAGUUGGGCAAAAAAUACAAAACUUAAUCAUACAAUAAAAUUCAACCAAGACAAUGGUCAUCGUACCUGGAAAAAA